AUGUUCUUUUUUGCCAGUCAAAAUGAUCGUACAAAGCAGUUAAAUUUUGCUUGUCACUUUAGUGUUAACCAUGAUAGUGUGAAAGAGGAAGAAUUUGAUGAUCGUGUAUCAGAACUAGUUUUAUUAACGGUUAAAGACUGUGAAUUAAAACCAAAUUAUUAUCUAUCAAUACCCAUAACUGAUUCAUCUGUGAUUAAAAAAUAUCUCGAAUUUCGUCAAUAUGUAUUGGAUACGGAGCCAACAUUAUUCAAACAUUGUUCAUCGUUUCGAUCUGAUUUAUUACACAUUACAUUGUUGACAUUACGUUUGAAUAAUCAAUUUGAAAUUGAUCAGUGUAUAUUAACAAUGAAAUCGUUACAAGAAGAAUUAAAAUAUUUUUGUACAUAUCCUGAACGUUUAAAACUUUAUUUUUUUGGUUGUGAAACAUUUUAUAACAAAACAUUAUUUAUUAAUUGUCGUAAACAUGAUCGAUUAGAGAAUUUACGUGCAAUAUUGCUUGAACGGUUUAAAUUAAAUAAUAUUAAUUUAACUGGAAAUUAUGAUUUUAUACCACAUUUGAGUCUAAUUAAUAUAAAACAAAAAUUGAAAACAAUACCGCUAACAAUUUAUAAAAAAUAUCAGCAAAGUGAUUUUGGUGUGCAAAAUGUUGAAGCUAUACAAUUAUGCCAAAUAGUGCCAACUGAUUUACAGCAAAAAUAUACACUUAAGCUCGAUUUCUAA